ACGUCAUGACCGGAUGUUGAUACUAGCUAGGAGCACAGUCGAGCGAGCAUAGCUCAGACGGGAACAGCUGAAAAAGAACAACAAAGCCACGACGACGACGGUUAAAAACAACAUAUGCGCGUCUAAAAUAAACCUAAAACAUCGGUGGCAUUAUCGCUGGUGGGGACUUACUGUGCCACUAAAGGAAAUUGGAAAAGCCUAAGUUCAGUCACUCGUGGAGAUUUGACAAUGGGACGCAUCUUCUUGGACCACAUUGGCGGAACUCGCCUCUUCUCCUGUGCAAACUGCGACACCAUCCUGACCAACAGGUCUGAGCUGAUCUCAACACGCUUCACAGGAGCCACAGGCAGAGCUUUCCUUUUCAACAAGGUGGUGAACCUCCAGUAUAGCGAGGUGCAGGACAGAGUGAUGCUAACAGGCAGGCACAUGGUGCGUGACGUCAGCUGCAAGAACUGCAACAGCAAGUUGGGUUGGAUCUAUGAGUUUGCUACUGAGGACAGUCAGCGGUACAAAGAGGGACGUGUCAUCCUGGAGAGGGCGCUGGUUAGGGAGAGUGAGGGCUUUGAGGAGCACGUCCCCUCAGACAACUCAUGAGCCACUGACCUUGGAAUAACUUGUGUGAGAAAGCUCACUCCCAUGUCCUCCUAUCCCUCACCUUUAUCCCCUUGCCUCUGCGCUGCGCACCACCACGUGCAGACCCCCCUGCCACCUUCCCGGUCUCUGGCCUACGGCCUUAGAUCUCUGAUGAUUAGAAGAUUGGUUUGCUGGCUCUUCUUUUGCUGAAAGCUUCCCCAAAAUACUUCCUGCUUUAUCUGUCACAGGGCACCCCUUCAAAACAGCUGGGGACACAAAUAGGAAGUUGCAACUUCACUUGUUUAAGUGUUCAUGCACGACCGCACAGGAUUUUUACCACCUCACAAGGCUUCACACUUUUUCAUAUUGUAGUUGAGCACAUGCAUGACAAUAGACAUGGUCGGUCAAACGAAAGCAUCACCUAGUUGUUUUAUUUAGAUAACUGGAGGCAGUAGAGCUGAGUAUGUUCAUCACCCAGACGGGCAAAGCAAGCGGCCCACUCCGCACAGCUAUGUGACAUGAACCGCUGGAGGUAUCACUCUUUCAGUCGGGCUUGUGCUUCUGUGUUGUGACGUUUGUAUCAAUGUAACUGGUGAACACUGAAUGCAAUAAGUCCAUGAUAGUUGUUAUUUCCAUACCAGUAACCUUUCAUUAGCCUGUAGUUUAAUGAAUAUAAUAGUUUUGGAAAUCUAUGUUCACGUCCAAAUGAUACCAUAAGGACCGCACAGAUUGAUGUCAUAUUUAAGUAUUCAUUGUAGUGUUUGACCAUGUGUAGGAGUUUUAUUUAGAUCUGGCUCACAUGAUGUGCUUGUAUUUUGAUUGAUUUAACAACAUUCUCAAUAUGUACACACAGUGGCUAUGUGUGUCCCAUUUUUACACUUUAUAGUGUGGACGUGAUCUCCUGAACAGCAGACUAUCGUGCAAUUGAGCCUAUAACCUAAUUCUUUUGACCACUCUCCAUCUGUUACCAUGGAUUCUGUGCCUGUGUGGUGUGCCGUGUGAAGAGCAACAUGUCACUGUGGUGACUUGUGAGGAGCAUGUACCUUCAGGCCAUGCGUCUUCGGUGUGUCAAAGGAGAAAUGUGUCUGAGACGUGAUGGAGACAUUCUCUGGCUGCCUGUCGGCUCAAAGACAGGAUGAUGAGAGGAUGGGUCUUGCAAGCGUUUGAAAGUUGUCGGAAUUUGGAGACUGAGACAAGUUUGGAAAAUGAUCAAACGGCAGACAUUCUCUUAACAGUUAAUACAUUACAAUGUUGGAAACGCCACACUGAAAAAAGGUUGAAAUCAGAUCUUAAGUUUGCCUGUACUCCAUUUAUUUAAUCAGUUGGAUGCCGUCUCCUACUGUCGAACUACUUUCAGGAUAGUGACCCAUCUUCUUUUUAUAAUCCUAUGCUUGGGGCACAUUUGGUCAUAAGAUGACUUGUUUCUUACUAACACAAAGCCAGGCAAGCAUUAAUAGUUCAAUGGAAGGUUUCAAUCAAAAUGUCUAAUUGUAAAAAUAGAAAAA